AUGACGCCGCCUCCUCUUCCUCCUGCGAACCCCGACGAGCACCAGUACUGGACCGAUCCUAUCCUGUGCGAGGAGACUCGGACCAGACUUGAGCAUUUCCGAAAUCUGGGAUGGCUUCCUCCUAACUACAAGCCCAAGACACUUGAAGGUCUUGCAGUUGUCGAACGGUACUGGCGAAGAUAUUGUGCACAUUCAAACGAGGACUAUGUGGAAUAUCUACUCUCGGAAGAUAAAGCCAUCUAUAUGAACUUUCUUGACUGGAUGUCAAGGACCUCGCGCGAGAAAAGACUUCAGACCUAUGAUGAAUAUUGGCGGCGCUUGUGCCAAUAUUUUGGUUUGUUUGCCCGCCAGCCUGUAAAUCAUCAUGUUCAUGAGCAGAUGCGACGAUACCUUGAACAAGUUUUCCCUGCAGAGCGCAAGAUCAGUUGUCCAAGAAAGCGCAAGCGGGGUGAUUCAUUUAAGAGUGAUCUUCCUCAACGGAUUUCGUCCGAUGACCUUCCCAACACUAUAUGUUACAGGGAUAUCGAGCUCUUUUACCUCAGAGACCCAGAUGGUGGUCGAGACGUUCUCUGUGCCAUCAUUGAAUUUCAUAAUCUUAAGGGCCGGCCAGAGGGUGCUGAUGGGACGAAGUUCUUCAUGCAUGGAGAUUAUCAAUUGGCAUAUUGUCCAAUCGCUCAAAUUGUGUCACUGGCCUUCCGCGAUGACGCUUUUGAAAACGAGCUGACCUCGGAGUUGAUCUGGCGGAUUAAGGUUCCGAAGCGUACCAGAGCUCUUCCACUUCGGUGGAAAAAGGAUAAGUUGAACCUUCCGCUACUUCGACGUGUGGUUCGAACUCCAUAUGGCUAUGGGGUUCAUCCAACACUACCAAUGACUUAUGACUCGAGCCGGCUGGCACUCAAAGAUCUGGGAGAGGACAGAGGAUUUGAGGACAACCUAGGUCAUUACAACUUCUGA